AUGGCCAGAAGAGCUCACAGUCCGCAAAUAUACGACAGCAGCAUAGCCUUUCUCAGAGGUGUCGCAAAAUCCAUAAGGGUAGCCCUGCAUUUCCCUGGAGGGAGGAAGCACCUUGGCAUGGAGUCCCGGUUGAUAUCCGGAACGGAGGACAUAAUGGAGUGCCAUUCUCGCAAGAAAGCACCGCUUAUAGGGUCGUCCCAACUCAACCCGGAUAUUAAGAGCUUUUGGAGAAAACACUUAGCUAAAAAAAUGACUGGAGUGGUCCAUCCAUUAGGAUCGAAGGUGUGGGCUACUGUAGACAGCACGGAGCGCUUGGUCCAUGAUUUAGGAGGGGGAUCGAGUUUGAUUCGAUACGUGAAAGUAUCCUAA